AUGUAUAUUCAAAAAGGGGAUCUUCUAAACAUUCAUCAGAGUGCCUCAAAACCUAGUCUAUUGUCGUCAUACUGGUCAAUACAUGUCCAGGUACAGAAUUCUGAUCGUUUGGAUGUCGAUGUGAAGAGUUGCUCCCAAUCAUCACUGCCCGAUGCAUUUGACGCAAAGCCGAACUCAUUAAGAGGCACGAAGAGUUUAUCAGAUUUAGCUAUGGAUAUGAGUCAAGAACGGACAUAUUUGUCCACCCGUGACUUCCCGACAUCUGCCGCCCCCGUUGAUGAGCCGACAACGGCAGCAGCUACAACGACGACAACAACCGCUGCAAGCAGCCGUACAUGGAUGCUACGAUACACUGGCAAAUCGUAUAACAGAAUGGCUUACGGCUAUUGA